AAUGCGUAUGUAUGUACAUACAUAAUUUUACAGCUGUGUUUCCAGUCAGAGUUUACGAAUAAAGGCAAUACAAAUAUAAUAUGUAACGGAGAAAUAGAAAAAAUCGAGGAAAAACAAAAUCACGAGUGGGUCACACAAUUGCGACGUAAAAAGUUGGUCAAUCAAGAAAUUAAUAGUGCUCAAAAGAGUGAAUUGCUUGUGUGAAUAUAAACAGAGAACACGACUUGCAUACAUAUAUAUAAUACAACAAUUGGAAUCAAUUCUGAGGUGAUAAAAUUCAAAGACAAAUGGAGAAAUCGGGUGCAUCAGACAUUGUUAUCGUGUCUGGGAAUUCUCACCCAGAACUUGCUGAAUUAAUAGCAAAUCGUUUAGGUAUUAAAAAUGGUGGUUGUACAGUUUAUCACAAAAGCAAUCGGGAAACAAUGGUGGAAAUUGGUGACUCGGUUCGUGGAAAAGAUCUAUAUAUUAUUCAAACUGGUACAAAAGAUGUUAAUAAUAAUAUUAUGGAGUUAUUGAUAAUGGCUUACGCCUGUAAGACAUCAUCAGCCAAGAAUAUCAUCGGAGUCAUUCCAUACUUGCCAUACUCUAAACAGUGUAAAAUGCGUAAAAGAGGCUGUAUCGUGUCCAAACUUUUGGCUAAGAUGAUGUGUAAAAGUGGGCUUACCCAUAUUAUUACAAUGGAUUUGCAUCAAAAAGAAAUUCAAGGUUUCUUCGAUUGUCCUGUUGAUAAUUUACGUGCCAGUCCAUUUUUACUGCAGUAUAUUCAAGAGAGUAUUCCAGAUUAUCGUAAUUCUGUGAUUGUUGCUAAAAAUCCUGGGAGUGCAAAGAAAGCAACAAGUUAUGCUGAGAGACUCAGAGUUGGAAUUGCAGUUAUUCAUGGUGAACAAAGAGAAUCAGAAUCUGAUAUGAAUGACGGUAGAAAUUCACCACCAUCAGUUUUAUUAUCUUCGAGAACAAUGGAAGUAGGGGUUGGCGUUCCUUCACAUCCAGCUAAAGAGAAACCACCAAUCAACGUUGUCGGUGAUGUUAGCGGUCAUAUUGCUAUCAUGGUGGAUGAUAUGGUAGACGAUAUGCAGUCAUUUGUUGCAGCAGCUGAGUUAUUAAAGGAACGGGGGGCAUACAAGAUUUAUGUUCUUGCUACUCAUGGACUCUUGAGUUCAGAUGCUCCAAAACUCAUUGAAGAAUCCCCAAUUGAUGAGGUUGUUGUAACAAAUACAAUUCCCCAUGAACUCCAGAAGAGUCAAUGUUCCAAGAUAAAAACUGUUGAUAUCAGCAUAUUACUUGCGGAGGCUAUACGCCGUAUGCAUAAUAAGGAAUCCAUGUCCUACUUGUUUAGGAAUGUCACAACGGAGGAUUGAAUUCAUCGGAGAAAAUCAACUUAUCGUCAUUUUCUCUUAUUAUAUACAUUAAACAGGCCUUUAAUGUGUAAUAAAUAUAGAGUAAGGGUUAAGUCACUGCAUUAAUAGAAUCGUCAAAAUGAAAUUAUAAAAAGCAUGGCGAUCCUUACCACUCAGCGUUCUAUUACUUUAGGGACCACAUAAGAAUCAUGUUUGUUCCGUAAUUUUCUACAACAAAUGAUAAAUGGCUGAAUCAAUCAAUCAAUCAAUCAAUCAGCUCGAAAAAAGGUACAUUGUACAAAUAAAACAACAAAGUUUCUUGGUCUGAGUAUUUUUUUACAUUUUCGAAUAAUGUUUAUGAGAAGCCGAAAUAAUCUGUUGUUUGUACAAAUACUCUCUUUCUCUCUCUCUCUCUAUACAGAAUUAACUCAAUCACGUAAGUUUUUUUUAUUUUUACAAACACACUGUGAAAUAUUGCUCAUCAAUUUGGUUCUUUAUGGCUCAUAUGUAAAGAAUGGACUUUACAAAAAAUCAAUCGACUACUAAACCCUCCAAAUAUUAUAGCAAAAAUAAAAUACGGUGUGGCAUUUGUAUGCGAA